GAGAGAGGGUACCAGGAAACAGCCCUGCAAAGGUCACGCUGAUUAUUUAUUGGCAAUCUGCCGAGAACGAGCGCGGGCACGUGCAUGUGUUCUCUGCGUGCACGAGCGUGAUUCCUGGAAGAGGAUCUGGAGGCGGAGCCUUACGAACAUCGGCGUUAUUCCGAAACAACCUCCAGUAACCUUUAUGCACACACGUUACACGGUCUCGCCUUCAGAUAUCGCCGACACAACAUUCCUCCGCGCAGGAAAGGAACCCACACUCUUUUUGGAUACUUUUUUUUUCUUUUUCUGAUUUUAAUGCCUGAGUUAAUAAUUCAUUUAGGACUACUCUCGGGUAGUUUGCAUAUCUUUUCUUUUGGCGAAGAGCGGCUGCGCUGCGGGGCUGAAUAUAUCCGCAAGCUGUGUGUAGGUGCUCUCUCCCAGCCCCUCUCUGGAUGCAUCAGACUCCUCUGCCCCGGGGCCCUGGACCCGGUGUGUGACCCAGCCACUCUCACCCCACCCCCCCUCUCUUUCCUCUCCCUCUGCCCCAAACUCCUUUCCACCUGUCCACCUCUGCGCUCCUGUCCUGGGCCCCCUGCCUCUCGACCAGCGGGCAGAGGCAGGGGGCCAUGGCGCCAUGGUAGUCUUCAGCGGACGCAACCCCCUCGCCAUGAGCAGCGUGACCCCUCCGGAGGGCAGGGUUCAGGGGUCAAACUCUACCCUGCAUCACUACAAGCCCUUCAGCUCACAUGCACACUACCAGCAGGUGAUGCGUGCAUUGCGUAAGCUGCAGGAGAGUGGGUUUUACUGGGGUGCUGUGGGGGGCCGGGAGGCCAGCGUCCUGCUGCGCUCUGAGCCGCCCGGCACCUUUCUGAUCCGCGACUCCUCGGACCACCACCACUUCUUCACCCUCUCCGUCCAGACGGCUCGAGGGACCAAGAACCUGCGCAUUCACAGCGAGGGAGGCGGCUUCUACCUACAGCCAGACCCACAAAACACCCAAGAGCUCCGGCAGUUUGAUUGCGUGCUGAAACUCGUCGCGCACUACAUGGGGAAGGGGCCGGAUGCUGGAAGAGGCAGAGAAGGGGCGUGUGGGGGUAAUUCAAGAGAGGCGGAGAAGACGGGGUGCAGCGUGUAUCUGAUCCACACCAGCGGAGAGAGGAUUCCCUUGGAGCUGCGGCGGCCCCUCUCAAGUUCUCUCUCCUCCCUGCAGCAUAUGUGCAGGAGGACCCUGAACAAUCUGGGGGGGUCGGAGCGAGCGGAGCAGCUCCCACACACACUUAGAGACUUCCUGGAGGAGUACGACGCUCCCAUAUGACU